GGCCAGUUAAAAGACCGGUUAUAAAUUGCUGAAUAAGCCACGUGCUUAUUUGGGAAGGGUAGCGGAGCGUGUUACUUUGUGGAAACGUUCGGUUGCAUCUGACUGAUUCUGCCCAAGACCACGAAGAAAAAAGCACCCAGGUAGGCUACUGCUGGACAGGUGAGACUAGACCAUGGCUCCUCUGACACCUCCUCCCCUGUUGUGGUUAUGGCUGACCCCUGUCGAUCCCGCUGGGUAGCUGGGAAAGAUGCUCUAUCACCAAUGACCUAUCUCAUCCAGCAGCCCAACCAGGAGACUGACAGGACAGGAUGGACUAACAUACUCUUUAGCCCUUCUCAGCUCUUACAACAACUACCUCCCCAACUCCAGAUCAUUACACUACACCACUCUGUUACUGUGCUGUUCUGUUUGUAUCCUUCACAUUGCCACCAGGACAGUGCAGCUAGGCUUUAGGCUGGACUGUCUGUCAGCAUGCACAGGGCCAAGGGAGGGCCUGGCCCCCCACACUUCCAGGACAUCUAUGAAUUCUCCCUGGAUGGUGAUGAGACCACAACCCAGAUCUUUCUGCGGGGCCCGGGGAAAGCCAUGGGGGGCCCGGGAAUGCCCCUGUCCCCUCACUACAAGUACAUCCAGACUGAGCACCAGCAGGGGGGUCUCUUCUCCCUCGGGCCCCCUACCCAUGGAGAGGCCCUCGCGGCCCCCCAGGGAAAAAAGAGGAGGCGGUGCGGCGUGUGUGGCCCCUGUAUGCAGAAGGAGAACUGUGGCACCUGCAGCAACUGUAUGAACCGUAAGAUUGGGAAGCAGAUCUGUAAGCUGCGUAAAUGUGACCAGCUGAAGAUGAAGGGACAGAAGGACUUGGAGACUGUUUCGGACGCUCGUUCAGUGGAUGGCCCCAGAAGAGGAGGCCAGAUGGAAACUGGGACACAUGACCGCCUCGAGGAAGGCGGUUUGCCUAGCCUGGAACCGACCAAUGGGGUGAGCCGGCAUCCCAGGGACACCCAUGAGGAGGGUGGAGCUGGCCUGGAGCCCCAGAGGGAGCCCCAGCGGUCAAGGAGUGUUUCCCCAGGACAGGACACCCAACCCCAUCAGCAGCAGCACUGCAAUGGCUGGAGCAGUAGUGGUAGGACUCCUGGGAAGCCUGUCCAUGAGGCAGACAUGGAGGUUGCACGCAACCUGGUAGCCUUCUCAGCCAGCGUGAGUGUUGGCUCCCUGCCCCCCUCAGGUCACCUUGAGCCCCAGUCCCACGCCAUCCAGCUGUAUGAGAAGUUCAACCAGGAGAUGGGCACUGGCGAGGGGGCCGCGGCUCAAGACAGACUCCAAGCCCCAGAAGGGGAAAACCAGGCUAGCCCCCCAGAGGACCUGAACACCCUGCAGAAUGCCCUGAGCCAGGCGCGCCACGGCCACAAGCCCCCCAACUGUGACUGUGAUGGGCCAGACUGCCCGGACUACCUGGAGUGGCUGGAGAAGAGGAUCAAACAGACAUGGGCAGGGGAGGAGCGGGACAACAACACGCCCUGCUCCAAGAUGACCACUGACACACCGCCUCAUCAACAGCCCCCCCACCCCCAACCCCAUGUCAAUGGAGGUAACCCUCCCUCCGGUCCACCACUACACCCACAUCAACAGGGCCAACACCCAGCCCCUAUCCCCUGCUCCCCUCAGGUCCUCUUCAUCGCCAAGGAGAAGAACGUCAGUCUGCAGACGGCUAUUGCCAUCGAGGCCCUGACCCAGCUGUCUGCCACUGUCCCCCAGACCGUGGUCCCUCCUGCCCAGGCCUCCUCCACCAACCAACCUCAACACCCCCCUCUACACCUCCAGUACGGCACCCGCCUGAACCCCUCCUCUUCCAAACCCAUCUCCUCUUUGUCCUCCUCGCGUUCACAAUCCGUCCCUCCUGGACUAUACCCCCAGCCCCAGCAGAGCCCUGUGUUGCAGGAGCAGCAGCACAGACCCCAGUUCCAUGGUCAUCCGGCCCACGCCUCCAAUCUCCCGUCCUCCACUUCACCCUUCCCCCGGCAGCCCCAGGCAGGCAGCCUCCUGCCUCGCCACCAGCAGUGGCAGCAGGGCCCUGGGGGAUCCCAAGAGCAGAGGAACCAGUGGAUGAACUCAGAUUCCCAGCAGCCUCGCUUCGCCCCUCCAUCCGGUGGCCACAGCACUGGCGACCCCAUGUCUGAGCUCAAACAGCUACUGGGGGACUCCAGCGGAAAGUACAUAAGCGGCCCCUUCAAGUUGCCCGUCCCACACCACCACAUCAAGCAGGAACCAGGGAUGCCUCGGGUCAAGCAGGAGGUAGACUCCGGGGAGUACCAGAGCUCUGCCUGCUCCUCCAUGGGGGGCUGCUACAGCUUGAUGAAUGGCCAGCAACAGCCUAGGUACCCUGGUCCUCCUCUCUCCCCGGGCAGCGCAGCCAUCCGCCACUCCACCCAGACAGCUCUGCAGCAGCACCUUCACCACAAGAGGAACCUCUUCUCCAACUCUCCCGGCCUCCCAGGCCUCUGCCCACUGCGUCCUGCCAAGGCCUGCCAGAACCUCCGCAAGUGGUGGCCCCAACAGAUGGGCCCAGAGGGCCACCCCGUCACCGUGGCCAUCAAGCAGGAGACCAAGAGGAGGAAGAGCACAGCGGGGACAUCUCCGCUCCUCAAGCAGCACGCAGGGGGUGGGAUGCUGCUCCAGCCAGGCCCCAAACCCAAGACUAUAGUCAUCAAGAAGACCAAGCAGAAGGUCUCCCUGCCAACCUUCCUGCCUCACAGACAGAUCUCCAUACAGAAACCGUCUCCCCUCACCAUUACCGGAGCCCUGCCUCUGGCCAGCGCCCACCCAGGUUCUCUCCCUCUCCCUACCUUCCCCCUCCUCAGUAACCCCACUCAGGCUGCCGCAGGCCUCCCUGCCCCAGCCCAAUCUCAGGUAUCCAUUUUAAACUCUUCUAUUGCACCCUCUGUCGCUGCUUCUGCCUUGUCUGUAAACACUCCAGACGUCUCAACCCCUCAGCCUCUCCCUGUAGCCCUGGACAUCCCAGCAAGCUCAGCGGAGGCCAGCGCCACACAGACCUCCACCACCUCUCAGUCCAUACCAGGCCUCAGUUCCCUGGACCCCAAGUUCGAGGAGCUGAUCUGCCAGUUUGAGGCAGAGUUCGGGGACAGUUCAUCCUUGGCCCCAGAGCCCUGCCCUUCACAGAUCCAGAGCCAGCUCCAGGACCAAGCCCCCUCAGCCUCAGCUCAGCCCGUGGAGACAGAGUCUCAGCCCAAAGUUAACUCAGGACAAGCCUGGCCCCCAUCACCAUCCAGCGCUACCAUCACUCAGUCCUCCAGCGCUGCUCCAUUAGCUCCUACCACAGCCCCACCUGCAGACAAGGAGGAGUCAGGGAGUAUGAGUAAAGUAGCCUCCAACACACAGCCCUUCACUAAGAGCCCCAUGGAGGAGCAGCGGGAGGCAACCAAGCUGCCUCUCUCCCCGUCCCAGCUGCCCAAACGCAUGAAGAUUGAGACCAAUGGGAACGUAGCUGUCCUCUCCACCACUGGAUUAUUCUCUGAUGGGGGCGAGGACGACACCCCCACUAAAGAUGGAUUCCCCCUUAACCCCUCCCUGAAAGGCUUCCUUGAGUCUCCACUACGCUACCUGGACACGCCCACUAAGAGCCUGCUAGACAUGCCCGUCAAGGACCUCCAGGCUGAGUUCCCCACCUGCAACUGUGUCGAGCAAGUCCUGGAGAAGGAUGAGGGUCCGUACUACAAUCACCUGGGCUCCGGGCCCACUGUGGCCUCCAUACGAGAGCUGAUGGAGACCAGGUAUGGAGAGAAGGGAGAUGCUAUCCGUAUUGAGAAGGUGGUCUAUACCGGCCGGGAAGGCAAGAGCUCUCAGGGAUGUCCCAUUGCCAAGUGGGUGAUUCGUCGGGGCAGUGAGACAGAGAAGUUGCUGUGUCUGGUGCGUCCCCGGCCAGGUCACCACUGUCCCAACGCUGUCAUCAUCAUCCUUAUCAUGGCGUGGGAGGGCGUGCCACGGGCGCUAGGCGACAAGCUCUACCGAGAGCUCUCCGCCACCAUCACCAAGUUCGGCAACCCCACCAGCCGCCGUUGUGGACUCAACGACGAUCGUACGUGUGCGUGCCAAGGAAAGGACCCUGACAGUUGUGGAGCUUCCUUCUCCUUCGGCUGCUCCUGGAGCAUGUACUUUAACGGCUGCAAGUACGCCCGCAGCAAAACACCCCGCAAGUUCAGACUGGCAGGAGACCACCCCCAAGAGGAGGAUCAACUCAGGGAUAACUUCCAGGAUCUGGCCACUGAGUUGGCUCCCCUGUACAAGCAGCUGGCCCCACAGGCAUAUAAUAACCAGUGUCAGAAUGAGGUGACGGCUCCAGACUGCAGGUUGGGUCUGAAGGAGGGCCGGCCCUUCUCUGGUGUCACCGCCUGCAUGGAUUUCUGUGCCCAUGCUCACAAGGACCAGCACAACCUCUACAACGGCUGCACUGUGGUGUGCACUCUGACUAAAGAGGACAACCGUACAGUGGGGGAGAUCCCAGAGGACGAGCAGCUCCAUGUACUUCCCCUCUACAAGGCCGCCCUCACAGACGAGUUUGGCAGCGAGGAGGGUCAGCGGCAAAAGAUGCGCACUGGCGCCAUUCAGGUGCUUAGCAACUUCCGCCGUGAGGUCCGCAAGCUGCCUGAGCCUGCCAAGUCCUGCCGCCAGCGCCGCCUGGACGCUAAGAACCGCGCCUCGGAGAAGAAGAAGGCCAAGCAGCAGCUGCCAACGCCCACGGAGACGCCGGAUAAGACGGUGAUCAAGACGGAGGUCCGGCACGCUGGCUCCCCUGUCAGACAGCAUGGCAAUAAAGUGAUCCCUAAGCAGGAGGUGAAGCCCACCAUAAAGAAGGAGGCAGUGGACCAGUGCCAAUACCCCUACCACGUCUACCCCUCCCACCCUGGCUACUACACACGGGGAGGCCCCCCUUCCAAUGGCCAGCCCCCUGCACUUCCACCUCCACCUCCACCAGGUCCUGUCAAUGGCUACCACCCCAAUCUACCCUCAGCACUGCCUUACGGCUAUUACAACUAUCCCCCCAACCCUAACACACUUUUCCCCCGUGAGCUCACUUACGAGGGCCGUAACAGCUCCUGGCAUCACGCAGGGCACAAUGCUUCCCCCGGCCCUGUGGACAAGAAGCCAGACAUUCAGAGCCUCCAGGCCAAGCUGGCACACUCCUACUCAGGCCCAGGCCUCCCUGAGCAGCAGCAUGGAGACCCAGCCAACCAACACCAAUGCAACGAUUACCCACACCCCCACCAGCCUGACUACAACCAAUCACGUCCCUCCUCAGUCUCCUCAGAGCCCUCCCACAGAGGGACCCCUGUCAUCAAGCAGGAGCCCAUGGAUGUGCCAGUGUGUGAGGGGGGCAAUACCCAGAGCUGUCCCGACACUCCCAUCCCCACCCCACAGCCUGCAGGGCCCUGGUCCGGGCACAAGCCCAACGGGAGUAUGGUACCAGGCAGCUGGGAAGGCAACCCCCAACCACCAUGCCCCCCGGAGGCUCCCUUCACGUCAGACAAGCAGCAGGUCCACCAGCAGGGACCUCACCAGACUUCCCAAUCUCCAUACUCCCAACAGCAGCAUCAGUAUCCCCCACAACAGCCCUCCCCAUACCCCCAGCAAUGGAACUCUUACCCUGGCCCCAACACCCCCAAGGCCUCCCCUGUUCCCUCCCCGUCACCCUCUCCUUCCCCACACCCCGGCACCCCCCGCCACUGGGACAGCCCUGCUCCCAGCCCUCAGCCUAAGGCUUGGCCCAUGGACAUGGUUCCUGCUGGGUACUGCCCUAGCCCUGCCAGAGGCUUCCCCGACAAGAUAUGCUCCAAAGCGGGCGAGAGUCGGGGCUCGACCCCUCUAGGUCUCCAGGAGAAGGCCUGGAAGUCUUUUGGAGGAUCCAUGGCAGGUACACAGUCUCCAACCCCAGAGGCCUGCUGGGACCCUAACCGGGCUGAGACCCCGAGCGACGUCGAGAGCCAGAGAGGUCGCGACCUGGACGAGGAAGAGCAGUGGUCGGACAGCGAGCAUAACUUCCUGGACCCCAGCAUCGGAGGGGUGGCGGUGGCACCCGCCCACGGUUCCAUCCUGAUCGAGUGUGCCCGGCGUGAGCUGCACGCCACCACGCCACUCAAGAGGCCCGACCGCUCUCACCCCACCCGCAUCUCCCUGGUGUUCUACCAGCACAAGAACAUGAACCAGCCGUGCCAUGGCCAGUGGCUCUGGGAGGCCAAGAUGAAGAUGCUGGCGGAGCGGGCUAGAGAGAGGCAGCAGGAGGCAGCACUACUGGGGCUGCCCUACGAGGACAUCAAACCUGGGAAGAAACGCAAGUUGGGGGCCACGGCAGGAGGGGCCAGCCCAGGUCCUGGCCAGACCACGGAGGGGCCAGUGAUGGGGAUGGCGACGCGGUUGGCCUCCACCCACCACACCACCUCCACGGUCACUGUGUCCCCCUAUGCCUUUACCACCCUCACUGGGCCCUACAGCCACUUUGUGUGAUGAUGAACAGACAGACGGACACACAGGCUGGUGGAGGGAGAGCGGGCUGAGCAGACAACCCCUCCUUUAGUCCUGUGUAUCUCCAUCCUCCUCCUGCUCUGUUUUCUCACUCUGGUGCUCUGGGCUGGAAGGAGGGGGACUACUGGUUUCCUCGUUUUGUUUUGUUUGUUUUUUUACCUCAUGUCAGGCAGCAGUAUGGGCCCGACCCUGGACCAGACAGACACACUGCCUGUGGUGCUCUUUCUCUCUCCUCUGCGGGAGGGACUCCAUUGCUUCUCCUUCUUCAUAGAAUUUUAAUGAUCCUCCUAAUUAUUACUAUUAUUAUCAAUAUUAUUACGAUUGUUAUUGUUACUGUCAAUGUUGUUAUUACAGGUAUUAUUAUUAUUAUUAUUAUGAAGAUGCUGAUUUGAUUUGUUUGUUUAUUGAUGUGGUUGUUUUUUCAUGUUGUUAUUAAUUAUUAUUUUGUUUAUGUUGUGUUUUUUUUACCGAGGGGUCUGUCUUGCUUUUUUCCCAUAUUUCUGUAAAUCUGCCCUUUUCUUUUUUUCCCCUUUGGCUUUUGAAAUGUUUGUAACUGUACUUGGAGAAAGGCCGUUCUCAGCACUGCAAGGCUCUUCAAGACUGUCUUUCCAACAAGCAUGACAUAAACGUUUUACAUUUAGUCUUGACCAAAAGAGGGAAGAGAAACCCACAGAAACUUCUCUGAACCAUCCCACAUAGCCUUUUUUAAACCAACUCCUGUCCCGUCUGCCUUGCUGUGAAGAGAAGGGUUCUUCUCUCUCCAUUUUUACUCUCCCCCCACCGAUCCGCCUCACUCUACUGCUGUGGUGCUUCAUUGAUCUUUAUCCCUUUUACAGAGAUCAUAUCAGUCUCUCCAUUCAUCUCUUCUUCAUGGCACUAGAUGCUGAUAAUAAGGCUGCUCUUAUAGCAUAGAUGUAGAGUGAGAACAAAAGGCACUAGAUGCUGAUAAUAAGGCUGCUCUUAUAGCAUAUAUGUAGAGUGAGAACAACUGGCACUAGAUGCUGAUAAUAAUGCUGCUCUUAUAGCAUAGAUGUAGAGUGAGAACAACAGGCUCUAGAUGCUGAAUAUAAGGGUGCUCUUAUAGCAUAGAUGUAGAGUGAGAACAACAGGCACUAGAUGCUGAAUAUAAGGGUGCUCUUAUAGCAUAGAUGUAGAGUGAGAACAACAGGCACUAGAUGCUGAAUAUAAGGGUGCUCUUAUAGCAUAGAUGUAGAGUGAGAACAACAGGCACUAGAUGCUGAAUAUAAGGGUGCUCUUAUAGCAUAGAUGUAGAGUGAGAACAACAGGCACUAGAUGCUGAAUAUAAGGGUGCUCUUAUAGCAUAGAUGUAGAGUGAGAACAACCGGCAGUAGAAGUCCUCAUCUUCCUUCAGGUGUUGGUUGAGAGAUCUAUCCCUCCAGUUCUAUGACUCCUGUGGGGAUUAGUGAGCGCUUUCUAUUUGAAGCACAAGAGGGCAGCAGUGACCCCUGUAAAAUGGUGCACUGAUACACACAGACACCAACUCUCACUUACACACACACACACACACACACACACACACAAAGCUCCUGUCAUCCAGCCAGCACAGCUCCUGUCAUACAGCCUUACUGCUUUAAACGACCGAAGCAUGGCCGCCAAAGUCUGGUCCUUCCAAUGACCACAGGCAGCACGGGCCACGCAAGCCCUUUAUCCUGAAACUGGAGACAUUGAUGGGAAUAGUGUGUGGACAGAAAUGCACUCCUAAACACACUGGUGCUUUCCCUACACAUGUUGACACACAAAGGGCUCAGUCAGUGAGUCCUGCUUUUGCCUGGUGCUGUUAUUCGUUUUGAAGCAGAGCAAGGUUUGUCUCUAUGCACACACUGUCACGACAGAGCCAGUAAAUCCUUAUUCACCAAUCAUGGCUGCCUCUGCAUUGCUUGCGUGAGCCUGAGCCUGCUUGGGGCUCACUUUUGAGAUGAGAAAUCUUGGUGCUUAUGAAGUUUUCGAGAUAGAGCUCUCUGUACCUCAACGUUGCCGAGAGACUGGUCAUGGUUGCAAAAAGCUACAAACACACACACAGGCACCAGGUCAGAGGAACAUGAUGAAUAUUAGUCCAGAUUCCCCAUGUGCUCUACAAACUCAUUUUAAUCCACUUUUUUUAUUAUUUAUUACAUGAUAAUGAUGAUGAUGAUUGUUGUUAUUGUUUUUUUGUUUUGUUAUAGCUAAUAGAAAUUGUACAUACAGAAGAAAAUAUUUUAUAAAAGCACUUUUAAUCUUGAUUUCAUUGAGAGAAAAAGAGAACAGAUUAUUGACAACUUGAAGCUUACUUUUUUAAACUUUUUUUUUCUCUUUUUUUCAAGAGAUAAAAAAAAAUGUACAUAUUUAAAAUAUUUAGGUAAGAUUAUUUAACUGUUGAGGGAUAAUGACUAAAUCAUAAAUGAUUCCAGGCUUUUUAGUCCAGUCAGUUUGCCAGACAGCCUUUAGUAACAGAAAACAACUCAGUGAUUUCCAAUGUGUUGUUAUGUCUGUAGAUGUAUACUCAAUACUGCUGUCCUGAUUUCAUAAGUACUGUACUACACGAUACCUCUGACAGCAACCAACCAGCCACCCUUCCUUCAUGAGAAAAGAUUGACGUAAUCAGUAAUCAGGCCAUUUAUAAGCCAGAGUAUGAUAUCUAGCCAUUCCACACUGAGAACCAAUGAGAAACAAAGUAUUCCUUGUUUUUUAACACAAGAAUCAAACAGUUGCCGAAUCAAAGUUGUCAGAAGUGCUUGUAUGAGAGAACUCUAGUGACAGAGGUGAGGUGUAGCCCCAGCAAUCUGUCUUGUCCAUUGUGUUAGACUGAGGUAACUUGUUUUUAAUGUGGUAUUAUCAAUGAUAGUGAUUUUAACAGUAGUAAAAGAUGUAACAGUAAUGGAGAACCAUGACAACUUAACACUUGUAGUACCAGACUGAAGGUACAGUGUAUUAAUGGAAGACACCAGAUAAUAACUGGUAGUUUAGUUUGUAAUAUCUUUUGUUGGUUGUUGUAGAUUGUCACAGACAUGACCAACAGGACUUUGACUAAUUUAGGGACCUGGGGAAUAUGGCUAUUCUAUUCCCACCGUAAGAACAAACUCCCCCUUUAAUAACGUCAAUGCAUGAUCGACACAUAGUUAUGAUGAUUCAGUCAUAUUUAUGAUCUAUGUAAUAAUGGGUGCUGAUCAUAUAUACUGCAUAUUAAUAUUUCAUUUGUACACAAUUUUUUGGGAGGCUAAUGCUAUGGUGCUACUCCCGAACUUCACUGUGGGGGGGGGGGGAGACAUGAUUUAUAUCACUGAUAUUUUUCUGAGCUCUUAGAAUGAUAAGAUAAACUAUUUCUUUGAAUAUUGCAGUUUCAAUAAUGGAACUACUCCGGUGCUGAUUUAAUGGGAAUUUCCCAUUCAUGUUCAAGGUAAUAAAAAAAGAAGAAACCUGUUGAAUUGAACUACUCACACAGUUCAUACACAACGUUUGUUAAUCCUAUGUCCACAUAAGCUACUUGAAAAGGGACUCUAUUCUCGCUUUAACUGGUAUGGGGAUUGAAGAAUCAUAAUAUAUUGAAGUGAACAGACUGUUAUCUUCAUUAGAAACUUGGUGCAGUGUAUGUGCUGGAAGCUGUUAUACAUGACUCUUUUGGGUAUGUUGUAAAUUUUUAUGGUGAUGGGAGAAUGUUAAGAUAUUGGAACAACGAGCAUACUCCCCUACGUUUCUCACAGGUUGGCAUUUAUUGAGAUUACUCAUGUACUGGAGGCAGCUCUGCAGGGUGUUCAUUAGCUUGCACAGCCACAAAGUCAUAAAAUCUGAUUUUAAACCUGACCUUAUCCCUAACCUUAACCACACUGCUAACCCUAAUGCAUAAAUAACCCUUACCUAAAUUGAAGACCAAAAAGCAAAUGUUUGUUUUCAAACAUUACUACGAUAUAGCAAAUUUUGACUUUGCAGCUGGCCCAUCUAGCGGAAACAGCUCAAUUCUGCAUCCAGGGCAAGACUUAUGACAAUAAACCCCAACCUGCAUGUUUCUCCCUCAUAGACGUAUUUACUUACAUACUUAUACACUCGCUAACUCCUUACCUAUACACACUUCACAUAUUUUCCAUUUUUAUCUCAUACUUUGUCUUUCUCUCCUCUCUCUCUCUCUCUCUCUCUCUCUCUCUCUCACACUCCCCCCCCUCACACACACACAAAUAUUAUCAGGAUGUAUAAUCUGCUCUCAGUACUGAUCUUCAUUGAUCACCCCAUCUGCCCACUCUUCCAAGCUGGACUCAAUCUGGGCUCAGGCUUAUAUCCUGUCCCAAAUAAACAAAACAUCACAUCUGGCAGCUACAUUCCUUUUUGAGUUUAAAGAUUGUUCAUGGUUCUAUUUUUUCAUGUCAAGUAUGCAGUAUGUAAAAAAAAAAAAAAAAAGAUUGGUUUCUUUGUUUUUGUUCAGUCUCUCUUUGUAGCUGUAUGGUGUACUAUGUGAAUACAUAAUGUAUGUGGUACAACCCACAAUAUUGUUUUAUGUUGCGAGAUAAUAAAAAAU